UCGGCAAUGCGGAGUCAGUGUUGGUCCGCCGCUGCUUUCGGUCGUUCACGUCGUAUUGUUUCUUUUGCCGCCACCGCCGCCGCCGCUCGGAAAGUACGUGCGUUUUUCCGCGAAAUUUUCGCGUGUGAAACCGUCGUCGGUUUUGGUGUUGAGSUUGCGAGUGUGAUCUCUGUCCGCACGAUUAGGUAUGAGUUAAAUGAUUACAUUUUGAUCGUCGGUAAACAGAGGAAAAUAAAUCGAUUUUUAUCAGUUAAAUAAAAACCGACUGGGUCGUCGUGUGUGUUAGUGAAGAGUUUCUCUAAAUGUGAUACUGAACGGAGAAGUCGUUACUACUAACCUAUCCGGAACGGCUACGCCAAUCAUGACGUCUCGGUGCCGACUGCAAGUGUUGUGGACACUCUACCUGAUCGUCUAUAACGCAUUUUGCCUCAGACUAACGGAGUUGAAAAUCGAGGAACACACUCUCGUGGGAAACAGUACAAGACUAGAGUGCAAAUAUGACCUACAGGGUGAAAAAUUGUACACAGUCAAAUGGUACAAGGAUGGAAACGAGUUUUAUAGAUUCCUGCCCGGGGAAUCACCAGAAGUACAAGUAUUUGAUGUUACGGGAGUGCACGUUGAUGAGAAACAAUCGACGGCAGAAAGCGUUGUUUUGAAACCCCUGGAACUGGCGAGUAGCGGCAAAUACCGAUGCGAAGUUUCAGCCGAAGCGCCGUCAUUCCAAACGGUCACCAAUCACAGCUCUAUGCUAACUGUCGCCCCGCCCGAUGAAGGACCUCGCAUAUCUGGCGGCCAAGACCGGUACAAGCCUGGAGACACUGUUAACGUGAACUGCACCUCUGGAAGAUCGAAACCCGCAGUACAGCUGGCCUGGUACAUCAACGGUGAACAGGUUGGCAUGCAAUUAUUUCUAUAA